UUUUAGCUGUUUUCAUUCUUGUUCUUUUCCUCCUAUCCAAUGAGGCAAGAUAUCCACACCUUAUCAUUAACCAUUUUAAAGUUUUAUCAAUGUCUUCGAAAUCAUAAACUGACAGUGACUUGUUGUCACAAGCAACCUUAAUAAUUCCUCAUUAUCCUCUCCCAAAACGACAAACAAAACCCGAUAAUCAUAUUGCACAAUAUCAUCCGCUCCUAAUACUUUAACUUUAUUAAACCAUUUUUUGUUCUUGACACUGUGUUGUGUUCUUGGUUGCUUAGUCUUGAAUCAAUGGAUAGUGGUGGUUCUCUCAUAUUUCCAUUGUUUUUACUCUUCUUGUUUUGGUGUAUCAUUUCAUCUGAAUCACAAUUCAUAAGCUACAAUACUACCUCAACCAUUGUUCCUGGGAAGCUUAAUGUUCAUUUGGUCGCUCAUACUCAUGAUGAUGUUGGAUGGUUGAAAACCGUUGAUCAGUACUAUGUUGGUUCCAACAACUCCAUUCAGGGAGCAUGUGUUCAAAAUGUGCUUGAUUCUCUUAUACCGGCUUUGUUAGCAGACAAGAACCGUAAAUUCAUCUAUGUUGAACAGGCAUUCUUCCAGCGUUGGUGGAGAGCACAGAGUGAAGUUGUUCAGAAAACAGUCAAGCAGCUGGUCAACUCUGGUCAAUUGGAAUUCAUAAAUGGAGGUAUGUGUAUGCAUGAUGAGGCUGCUACACAUUACAUUGACAUGAUUGAUCAGACAACCCUUGGACAUCGAUUCAUCAAAGACGAAUUCGGCAUAACACCAAGAAUAGGAUGGCAAAUUGAUCCAUUUGGACAUUCUGCAGUGCAGGCCUACUUGAUGGGAGCAGAGGUUGGAUUUGACUCUUUAUUCUUUGCACGGAUCGACUACCAAGACCGAGCUAAGAGAAAAGAUGAAAAAAGUCUUGAAGUUGUGUGGCAGGGCUCUAAGACCUUUGGUUCAUCUGCACAGAUAUUUUCUGAUGCGUUCCCUGUGAAUUAUGAACCUCCCAGUAAUUUCUACUAUGAAGUAGAUAGUGAUUCUCCGCUUGUUCAGGACGAUAUCAAUUUGUUUGACUACAAUGUCCCUCAAAGAGUAAAUGAGUUUGUCGCAGCUGCAAUAUCACAGGCCAAUAUAACGCGCACAAAUCAUAUAAUGUGGACAAUGGGGACAGAUUUCCAGUACCAAUAUGCACAUACCUGGUUUAGGCAACUGGACAAGUUUAUUAACUAUGUUAACCAGGAUGGACGAGUUAAUGCCUUAUACUCAACACCGUCAAUAUAUACUGAUGCAAAACAUGCUGCAAAUGAAGCUUGGCCAAUCAAGACGGAUGACUAUUUUCCGUAUGCUGAUCGUGUAAAUGGCUACUGGACGGGGUAUUUUACAAGUAGGCCAGCACUCAAAGGUUAUGUUAGAUUGUUGAGUGGUUACUACUUGGCAGCAAGGCAGUUGGAGUAUUUCAAAGGGAAGAGUGCCUUAGGUCCUAAUACUGAAUCUUUGGCUGAUGCUUUGGCUAUUGCUCAACACCACGAUGCGGUAUCUGGUACAUCAAAGCAGCAUGUGGCUAAUGAUUAUGCAAAACGGCUUUCAAUAGGUUAUACAAAGGCUGAGAAAGCUGUUUCAGCAUCACUUGCUUUCUUGACAGAGGCAGCAACCAAAACCGGUCAUAGGACUCCUCAGAUUCAAUUUCAACAGUGUCCACUUCUUAACAUAAGUUACUGUCCUGCAUCAGAAGUUGACUUCUCAGAUGGGAAAAAUCUGGUUGUCGUCAUUUACAAUCCUCUUGGAUGGAAAAGAGAGGAUGUUAUAAGGAUCCCUGUUGCCAAUGAAAAUGUCGUUGUUCGGGAUUCUAGUGGGAAAGAAAUCCAAUCACAGCUGCUGCCAAUACCUGAUUCUUUUCUUGGUUUAAGAAACUACCAUGCUGCAGCAUACCUAGGAGUAUCUCCAAAUGUAAACCCUAAAUAUUGGCUUGCUUUUUCAGCUAUUGUUCCUCCACUUGGUUUUAGCACUUACUAUGUGUCAAAAGAUAAACAAGCAGCUACUAUUUCAGAUAGACAUAUAGGAUAUAGAUCAGGGAGUCCGAACGAUACGUUUGAAGUAGGCCUAGGAAACUUGAAACUUAUUUACUCUGGGAAGGAAGGGAAACUUACUCAAUAUAUCAACAGAAAAAGGAAGGUCAAAGAAUCUCUAGAGCAGACAUACAAGUAUUAUGCCUCAUAUGGGAAUGACUUUACAGCAAAUGCUCAGGCGUCAGGAGCAUAUAUUUUUCGCCCUAAUGGUUCAUCAAUUCAAAUCAACCCCAACGGGACGGUAAAAUCAUACGUGAAUUGUGAACUACUUGUGUUCAAUUACCUUACCAAUAUUCAGUGUAACAAGAGAUUAAUGAGUUUUCAUUUUCAAAAAAUUCAGUCUCCUCUCACAGUUUUGCGUGGACCAGUCGUGCAUGAAGUGCAUCAGCAGAUCAAUUCAUGGAUAUACCAGACCACAAGACUGUUCAAAGGAAAAGAGCAUGCUGAAGUUGAGUUUAUUGUUGGACCUAUACCGAUUGACAAUGGAAUUGGCAAAGAAAUUGCAACCGAGAUUAAAACAAAUCUAACAAGCAGCAAAACCUUCUAUACUGAUUCUAAUGGACGUGAUUUCAUUGAACGUGUUCGAGACUAUAGAAAAGACUGGAACUUGGAAGUGAAUCAACCUGUUGCCGGAAAUUACUACCCUAUCAAUCUUGGUAUUUACCUAAAAGAUAACAACAGAGAGUUUUCUGUAUUGGUAGAUAGGUCUGUGGGAGGUUCCAGCAUCUUAGAUGGGCAAUUAGAGCUAAUGGUUCAUAGGAGGAUACUUAAUGAUGAUUCCAGAGGUGUUGCCGAGGCACUAAACGAAACAGUUUGCGUCUCUAAUAAGUGCACAGGCUUAACAGUUUUAGGGAAGUACUAUUUCAGAAUUGAUCCUGUAGGAGAGGGAGCUAGAUGGCGUCGAACAUUUGGUCAAGAGAUAUACUCUCCAUUUCUUUUAGCCUUCACAGAGUGUGAAGGUAACUGGGGAGAUUCUCAUGUCACAACGUUCUCAGGAAUAGAUUCCUCGUACAGCUUACCAGAAAAUGUUGCAAUAAUAACCCUCCAGGAUCUUGGCGAUGGAAAAAUUCUCCUUCGGCUGGCGCACUUAUAUGAGAUUGGCGAGGACGCGCAUCUCUCAGUAAAGUCAAGUUUAGAGCUUAAAAAGGUGUUCCACAAUAAACAGAUAAACAAAGUAACCGAGGUAAGCUUAUCAGCUAACCAAGAAAGAGCAGAAAUGGAGAAGAAGAGAUUAGUGUGGCAAGUUAAAGGGUCAUCUCGAGAACCGCAGGUGUCGAGGGGAGGACCAGUUGAUCCAGAAAAGCUAAUUGUAGAACUUGCUCCCAUGGAAAUAAGGACUUUUAUUAUCAAUAUUAACCAAUAAAGUUGCAUGCAUUGGGAGGGAAUGGAUCUUUUAGUUUGAGAUUUUAUGGUGAAAAAAUUGUGCUUAUAAGAACAAUAUUCUAUCAAUAAAAUUGUUAAGGUCUCACUUAUGUAAUAAUUUAAUUGAUGAGAGACAUCAUGCACAAAAUUUUCAUGUGAUUAAAUAAGUCUAAAUUUUAGGACAAGAUAUCCAUUUCCUUACAUCAUAGUGAAAAAUAAACAAUGCUGUUAGAAAUGUAAAUAAGUUCAAGGUCUGUUUGGCUAAAGUUGUAAGAACUCAUUUUCAUUGCCAAUAAAGUUAAUUGAUUGAAUUUGAGAAUCA